AGCACAUUGUUUGCUCUUCAUCAAGUUUUGGAGGAAUUUAAAUUUAAAUAAACAGAUGAGUUCACAGAAGGGGAACGCAGUACGGACGCGUACACAAAAAUACAAAAAUCGUCAUGUCUUCAAGAACGACUUGCACGACAAAACACCACAACAAAAGUUGAUAAAUUCAUUGCACAUUUCUGAAGUUUGCCAGCGAUGUAAGCAUGUGAUAGAAUGGAAAAUUAAAUACAAAAAGUACAAACCGCUUACCCAACCAAAAACCUGUGUUAAAUGCCAGCAACGAAACAUCCGCAAAGCCUACCAUGUUCUCUGUCGGGACUGUGCUAUAUCGGCGAAAGUUUGUGCCAAGUGUUUGAAGGCGGCCGAUGAGGUGGAAAUUGAACCUGCAUUGCCAACGCCAGAGGAAGAACUCAAACUUAAAGUGGAAAUGGAUAAAUUAAUAAAGUCCUUUUCGGAAAGAAAACGUAGGGCAUUCCUCCGUUAUAUGCGCAAAGGUGAAGUGGAUAACUCUGAAAAUAAGGAGGAAGAUAAUGAAGCAGAUGAUCCUGCCGCCACGGCCGUCGAUGGUUCAGAGGGGGCUGAUGUUGCUGAGAAACCCAUACCCAAACGAAUUCCCCAUUCAAGAGAUAACUUGCUAAGGAAGAUCGAAGAACUAAGAGUAGGAACCGAAGGUGAAUUGGAUUCAGAUGAACUGACUGAUAGUGACUAUGAUGAAGAUGAUCUGUCAGACGAAGAUGAAGACUCUGAUUGAUGUGGUUAACAUUCUGAUUGAGUUUGUUUUUAGAGUUUAAUAAAGAAUAUUAUGAACAUUUUAUAUAAUUU